AUGUUACAAGUCAGCGCCACUUCCACCAGUCACUGUUUGACGCUCAGUCACUGUUUUAAUUCAAUCUCCAUAUUAUAUUUUAUAACGAUGGGGUGCUUGAGAUUGUUCAACGCGUUGCGCCGAUGCAAACAGUUGAAUGACAGUGAGUCGUCGCCUCUGGCGAGGUGUUUGGGCUUGUUGGACCUCACAGCCCUCGGGGUGGGCAGUACCCUUGGUUUAGGUGUCUACGUUUUAGCUGGGGCCGUAGCCAAGACUGUCGCUGGACCGGCGGUCACGCUCAGCUUCUUGGUGGCUGCUAUUGCGUCAGCAUUCGCUGGCUUGUGUUACGCCGAGUUCGCGUCCCGUGUACCAAAGGCUGGCUCCGCUUACGUAUACAGUUACGUCAGCGUCGGCGAAUUCAUCGCCUUCACCAUCGGCUGGAACCUCAUCUUGGAGUACGUGAUCGGCACCGCCAGUGUCGCCAAGGGCAUGGCCAACUACAUAGAUAGCCUCUGCAACAACACCAUGGCGAACACCAUGAGAGAGAUCGCACCAAUCAACGUGUCCUUCCUGGCUGAUUACCCUGAUUUCUUUGCUUUCGCUCUCGUCUUUUUAAUCACAAUUCUACUGGGUGUCGGUGUGAAAGAGUCGACGAAACUAAACAACGUAUUCACCGCUCUUAACAUGGCCACCGUCAUCAUCGUAGUCAUAGCAGGCGCUGUCAAAAGCAACCCGGCAAACUGGAGGAUCAAAUUAGAAGACAUCCCACCUGAGUACCAAUCGUCAGCAGGCGAAGGUGGCUUCAUGCCAUGGGGUAUAGCCGGUGUGAUGGCUGGCGCAGCCAAGUGCUUCUUCGGCUUUGUAGGUUUUGACUGUGUUGCUACCACCGGCGAGGAAGCAAAGAACCCCAAGAGGGAUAUACCGUUGUCUAUUGUGCUGUCGCUGGUGAUAAUCUUCGUGUCUUACUUCAGUAUAGCAACAGUCCUCACCAUGAUGUGGCCUUACUAUUUGCAGGACGCCGAUGCUCCUUUCCCUCACGUGUUCACGGAGGCCGGGAUGCCGGUCAUCAAGUGGAUCGUGACAGUAGGUGCCAUCUUCGCCCUGUGCACUAGUCUACUGGGCGCUAUGUUCCCACUACCCAGGGUGUUGUACGCCAUGGGAACUGAUGGCGUCCUAUUCCGACCACUAUCUGCUAUCAACAAGAAAACUAGGACACCUUUACUGGCUACAUUCUUCAGCGGUUUGCUGUCAGCAAUAAUGGCGGCCAUCUUCAAUUUGAAUCAAUUAAUCGACAUGAUGUCCAUUGGUACUCUUCUGGCAUACACUAUAGUCGCAACCAGUGUUUUAAUAUUGAGAUAUGAGGAGGAGCAGACCCCCGCGCUGCACGGCAGUAAGCCAGUCCCGGAGACGCCUUACUCCGUGGCGCGGCAGUCGUUCAACCUUCUCCGGCUCAAGGAACCCACGCAACUGUCCGCCACCAUCGCCAAGAUCACUAUAUGCGUAUUUUUCGUGCUGGCGCUGGCGACGUGCGCGCUGGUGCGGUGGGCGGGGGCGGAGGAGGGCGCGGGGGGCGCCGCGGCGCUGGGCGUGCUGGGGGCCGCGCUGCUGCUGCUGCUGCUCGUGCUGUACCGCCAGCCCACGCGGGACGUCACACACCUCAGCUUCACGGUGCCGUUGGUACCUUUGGUGCCGUAUCUGAGCGUGUGUAUGAACGUAUACCUGAUGGUUCAGCUCGACUACCAGACCUGGGUUCGGUUCAUCAUCUGGCUAGCCAUCGGUUACUUAAUAUACUUCCAGUACGGUUUGAGGAAUAGUUCAUUGAACGAAACUACCGACCCACCGGUGAUUGCCAACGGGAAAGCGGAUAACAAGAAUCACAUCACUACAAAGUUUUGACCGCACUAGCCUAAUUUUGUGAUAGAUAUUCGACUAGAAUGAUUUAAGGUUUGUUAUCAAAGUGUCUAACGCUUUGUAGGCAUAGUUUUGUAAAUUUUGAGAUGGAAUUUAGUGAUUUAAAAUUUUUACUUUUUACUGUAACAGUCAAUUACUGUUACAAUAUGGCGCUAAUUCCUUUUUUAUAAAGAAAAUAAUACAUGAACAGUUACAAAAACACCACACAAAAAUAUGGAUUUAUAUCAGAUAAAUGAUUUUUUUUAUUUACAAAAUGAUUAGUCUUGAGAAAAUUCCGUAUUUAUAUUACUUGCAAAUAACUGACCUCAAAGUUAAAUACGAAAUGUAGUGUGAAAACUUAACAGGAUAAGAAAAACAACUUAAGAGAAAUGUAUAAAAACUUAUUUUAAAAUAUAAAAUUUUGGGUUAAGUCUUGCCACACUUGCAGUUACCUAAAACGAAUUUAUUUUGUAAAUAUGCGUUAUAUAUAUAUACUGUUUUGCUCAUUUUAGUGAUAAGAUUUCAUAAAACAUAAGAUUUUAAUGACUUUAAUAUCUACUAUUGCUUGUUUCAAUGACAAAAGUCGAUUUUAUUAGCUACACGUUAAAGUUCAAAAUAUCAAAAUUGUUUGACGAAAAUUUUCACAAUACCUUCUCUGACUUAUGAAAAUUAGCAUGUUGAGAUUUCAAUUUAGUACAAGCAUCGCAUCAUCGUAAGUUAAUUGUAGAAUUUUAUUCCCACUGACACAGAUACGAAGCUCAUAUACAAGUAAAUAAUAUACGACUAAAGGAAAACACUGAAGUAGACAAUGGAAACAGCUAAUAUCCUGUACCUUAUGGAUUAAAUUCAUCUUAUUUGUAUGGAAAUUCUCUAAAAAACCAUUCUUAUUGACAUCUACAUAAACCACUGCUGAACUUCAAUGAUUAUGAAAUAUAUUUCCUUACUAUAAUAUAAACAAAUUUUCCUCUAAUUUUAACUCUAUGGUAUUAAUAACUGUAGAUUAAAUUUAUUUUAUUUCGCUUCUGUGUCGGUAAGAAUAGCGUUUUAGUAUAAAUAUAAUACCAUUAAAUACCAUUUUCCUACCCAUGAUUUUAUUUAUAAUAAUUGUUUAUGAUUGUGAUAGUCGUGUGAUUGUUAAUAAUAAAUUAAAUAAUGUGAUUAAUUAAUCUAGAAUAAGUUUUAGAAAAUAAGCGUUAACAAACUGUGAUUUUUUUAUUGAAGAGGUCGAACUAUAUUGUAUUAAAAUAAGAAAUAAAUAUUAUUAUAAUGAGAUUGCACUUUCUUUUUAUUUUUACUGAAAAAAAAAACACAAAUUUGAAGGCGACAAUUGUAUUUUCGCAAGUAAGCCAUAAAAAUAUAUAGCUAAAUAAUCACAUAACAAAAUUCAUGUAAAUAAUAAAAUCAAAUUUGAACAAUGUCAAAAUAAAUACCAAACAUUAAUAAAUACAACAUACCAAACUGUAACUACUUAUAAAUCAGAUUUCUAAAUUCCGUUAAACAAAACUAAGCAUUUUU